UCUGCCUGCGUGUGCAUUGUGUGGGCGAUUUGGGUUCUGGAUGCAUCGUCUGCAAAGGAAACCCCUUAGCUCUAAUUGACCCCCGACGGGACGCCGCGGGGAUCUGGGCUAGCUCUGUGUCUGCCUCUGCGAGCCGGGCUGCUGGACAGGGAGCUGGGCGUGUCUGAUUUGGGACGUGCGCUCAGCUGUCCUGCGUCGCGGUGGGAAGCUCACGAUCCUGAGACUGAGAGCGAGUGUUUCCAGCACUCGGGCUGUGUGUGUCUCUGUGUCCCUUGUCCGGUCUCUCUGUCUCUCUGCUCUGACCCUCUGUCUCUCUGCAGCACCCACACCCCUGGAGAACGGCUCAUCUCUCCCGGUCCUGGAGGGCCAACCUCUUCGCCUGGUCUGUGCGGCCGACAGCAACCCCCCUUCCAGGCUGAGCUGGGCCAGAGGGAGCCUGGCCCUGUGCCCCUCCCAGCCCUCGAACCCGGGGCUGCUGGAGCUGCCUCAGAUGCACCUCAGGGAUGAGGGAGAGUUCACCUGCCGAGCACAGCACCCUCUGGGCUCCCAGCACCUUUCCCUGAGCCUCUCCCUGCAGAGGCAAGCCCAGCCUGGAGCGGGCGCGAUGCUGGGGGCCAUCGGAGGCGCUAGCGUGACAGCCCUGCUCUUCCUGUCCUGCUGCGUCCUCUUCCUCGUAGUGAGGUCCUUCAGGAAGAAAUCGGCAAGGCCGUCCGCAGACGUGGGGGCUGGACCGGCUGUCGGGGACUCAGCUUUUCAGGUGAGUGACCGGGUGUCUGGACAUCCAGCAUCCAGCCUGGACACCUCCCACAG